AUGGCGUCUUAUGUGUAUUUCAAAUUCAAGUCACAGAAAGAACCUCAACGUGUAACCAUCGAUGGGCCUCACACCGAUGUAUGGAAUCUCAAACGUGAAAUCAUCAAUAUUUCUCGCUUAGGAGACGGAACAGAUUUUGAUCUCAAGAUCUACAAGGAGAACAGCAAUGAAGAAUACACCGACGACACCGAAAUCAUCCCCAAAGACUCGACGGUCCUUGCACGAAGGUUACCAGCUUCAGCUCCAGGUAAAGGCCGAGCAGCUCGUUAUGUCUCGGGAAAGCCGCCCGUCAGCGCCAAACCCACGACGGCCGCUGCGGCGAGUAAGGCUGUCAAGGCAAUAGACAUGGACAAGGCCAUGACGGAACAAGAAAAACUGAAGGCAAUGCUGCAAUUCACCGAUGCGCAAUGGCAACAGAAGCAAGAAGAGAUGUCGCAUGAAACCCGAGUCCCUAUGCAAGGCACCAAGCCUUUCAAAAAGGCCAACGUUCCCGAAGGCGAGCCACCUCACGGCUACAUCUGUUACCGCUGUGGCAAGAAAGGUCACUGGAUCCAAGCAUGUCCUACCAACGACGACAUCAACUAUGACAACAAGAACCGAAUCAAGCGGACGACUGGUAUUCCUCGCUCCAUGCUGAAAAAGAUCGAUCAAGCAGACAUUGACAAGCUUGACGAUGCUCAAAGACAACAUCUUAUGGUGAAUGCAGAAGGAGAGUAUGUCUUUGCUCAAGCAGAUGAGAAGGCAUGGAGAAAACAUCUCGAACAGGUCAAGGCUGCGGAAGCGGCGCAGAAGAAAGUACAGAUUGGUGACAAGGAGCUGCAAGAUCGUGGACUGGAAUGCCCCAUCGACAAGCGCUUGUUUGUAGACCCAAUGAAGACCCCUUGCUGUGGAAAGACGUUCUGCCAUGAUUGUAUUGAAAAUGCAUUACUCGAAAACGAUCUUACAUGCCCUGGCUGUGAGACGGAGAAUGUCAGUCUUGAGCGGUUGGAACCCGACGAAGACGCGAAGAAGAAAAUCAAGGAAUAUGAAGCCGACAAGGCCAAUGAAAGACAGAGAUCUAGAAGUCCUACCGUGACAGCGGACUCCCCAAAAGUCAAUGGUACCGCGUCGGGAUCCAGACCGAGUUCACGAGAGGGCACCUAUUCGCCUAGGUCGACCGAUGGACAGACGAGAAAACGUGGUGCCAGUGAAGUGGAUGGCUCCGACGCAGAUCAACAGGCUGCUCCGGCUAUGAAGCGGCAGAAAUCGGGCGAGUCUGCCUCGUCGUCGACGUCCAAGGUCGAGAACGAGGAGAACAAGAACAAGGACACCACGACAGAGGAAGCAAAGUCUCCUACAAGUAACAACACGAACAACGUACUGCCGGCCGACAUGAUGCCCCCCGAUUUCUCUCAGAUGCUACCGGGCAACGGCAUGAACUUCCCCAUGAUGCCUAAUUUCAAUCCCUUCAUGAUGAAUCCCAUGGCGAACCCUAUGGCGAUGGGAAUGGGAAUGAAUGGGAUGAAUUUCAUGAAUCCAAACUUCAAUAACAUGAUGCCUGGCAUGAAUAUGUUCCCGCCAGCGAUGGGCAACAUGGGCUUUGGGAAUCAGACUCCAAUGGCCAACUUCAACAACAAUAACAACAACAUGAAUCCGAACCAAGGUCGUAACAAUAUGGGCAUGGGCGCCAACCCCAAUGGGUUCAAUGGUAACCAACACAACCGGUCGAACCGAAACUCAGCGUUCCAGCAACCCAAGCCACAGCAGCAACCGACCGGCUUGACUGGUGUUCCCACCGGCCCCAAAGCUCUCACGCAGCAACAGAAGCAGCAGCAGAACAACUUCUACCCUCCCACCGGCCCCGCGGGCGGCAAGUUCUCGAAUCAACAGCGCCAUGUCGGAAAUGAGGAGGAUAAUGCAUACAUGAGACAGCCGGUCAACCCUCACCGUCAUCUGAACCGGAACCGGAGGCUCAGACAGGCCGAUUACCGAGAGUUGUGA